AGCUAUAUAAGCGCCGCGCAGGCCUCACGCCUUCCUCUUAGAAGAAGACGCGGUCGCUGUAGCCCGCGGAGCCCCGGCGCGCCCGCUCCUGCUCCUGACUCACCGCUGUUCGCUCUCGCCGAGGGACAAGUCGGUCAGGAAGCCGCGCCGCAGCCAUGGCGUUUAAAGACACUGGCAAGACUCCCGUGGAGCCGGAGGUGGCCAUUCACCGCAUUAGGAUCACCCUGACCAGCCGCAACGUGAAGUCCCUGGAGAAGGUCUGUGCUGACCUGAUCAGAGGCGCCAAGGAGAAGAACCUCAAAGUGAAGGGGCCGGUCCGGAUGCCCACCAAGACUCUGAGAAUAACUACAAGGAAGACUCCUUGUGGUGAAGGUUCUAAGACUUGGGACCGUUUUCAGAUGAGGAUCCACAAGCGGCUCAUUGACUUGCACAGCCCUUCUGAGAUCGUUAAGCAGAUCACUUCCAUCAGCAUUGAGCCCGGAGUCGAGGUUGAGGUUACCAUUGCAGAUGCUUAAAUCAGCCUUUUUAAUAAAUUGAUACUGUUGUUAA